AUGUCCGACUGCAUGGAGGGGAAACAGCCACUUUCGCAGCUGCGCAGCUUGACCUUUGCUCUGGGCAGGUUGGCUGAAGCCCAGAUAAGCGGUCGGCUGCUGGUGGCAACGGCCUCCGUCGUGCUCCACCUCGGAGUGUCGCUGUCGGACAUAAUCCCUAAGGACGUUCCGGUGGCGUGUCGGUGCCUCGGCACGUUCGACACGCUGCAGCAGCUGUUUGUCUUCUUCUUCGUGAGGAUGAAUCAGAUGCGCCGUCUUCGGCAGACGUUGUACAGGCUCAACAACUUUAGGAGCAAUUGCGUUUGUCUGGUGUUUGCUGCGUACGGGCUCCUCUUCAGACGGAAGCGAGAAACAUUCCAGCGUCUGACUGGCGCUGCCACGCCAGCUGUCACAAUGUCGGAUAGAAGCUCAAUGGAUGAAGUUGCCGUGUUCGUGGCGCCCAUCUCGCCGAACGUGUCUGACGACCACCUGCGGGAGAUAAUGGGCAACUUCGGCCACCUCUGCGGCGUCGAAAUCAGUGAUGUGGAUACGCCGCACGGCGCGACCAGAAUCGCAAGAAUCGCAUACGAGUCCACCGAGUCCGUGGAAUCCGCCAUCAAACACAUGGACAAGGGCCAAAUAGACGGGCUCAGGGUGCGCGUAACCGCCAAACGGCCGGAGCCUAGGGAUAUACCGAAGACUACUCUCUAG